AUGCGAGCUCGCACCCUCUCGGCCACCGGGCUGGCAAUCACGCGAACCUCUUCAACCUCCGUGUGCACCCAAUGCCUUCGUGACGACCUGCUUCUCUCCCAUCUUUCUAUUCAAUCUCGCAAAUACCAUCCUACCCGCCGACGAGAUGUCUCUCCAUUCGGAGCUGCCGUGUCAGCCGCCCAGACCAUCUUCAAGGGCAUGCCGAAGGCACCUCCGGGCAUCUCGGUCGAUCCGCUGCGUAUCGUCGGAAAGGAGCUGAAGUUUUUGAGCAAGAACAUCCGGCAAUUGUUGGGAUCUGGCCACCCGGCGCUAGACAAGGUCGCCAAAUACUAUACUCGCAGCGAGGGCAAGCACAUGCGGCCGUUGUUGGUCCUGCUCAUGUCCCAGGCGACAGCCUUGGAUCCCCGCAAGCAGCACAAUCCCGCCAGCCCAUCACCCGUCGAUAACCCCCUCAGCUCGCCGUCAAUACUUGAUGACGCCAACCCAGACGUCAACCCUCUCGUGUCCCGAUCCGCCGAGUCCAAGUACGACUUCUUAGGCGACGACAACAUCCUGCCGUCGCAGCGCCGCCUGGCCGAGAUCACUGAACUCAUCCACACCGCAUCCCUCCUGCACGACGAUGUCAUCGACAACGCGGUCACCCGUCGCGCUAGCAGCUCAGCGAAUACGGCGUUUGGAAAUAAGAUGGCGGUUCUAGCUGGUGACUUCCUGCUGGGACGGGCUUCCGUGGCCCUGGCCCGUCUGCGUGACCCCGAGGUGACCGAGCUGAUGGCGACGGUAAUCGCCAACCUGGUGGAGGGCGAGUUUAUGCAACUGAAGAACACUGCCCAGGAUGAGACGAAGCCCAAGUAUUCUGAUGAGACCCUGAACUAUUACCUGCAGAAGACCUACCUGAAGACUGCCAGUCUGAUCAGCAAGUCCUGCCGCUCCGCAGCCGUGCUGGGUCGGAGUGCCCCCGAGGUGAUCGAGGCUUCCUAUGCCUACGGACGUAACCUGGGACUGGCCUUCCAGCUGGUGGACGACAUGUUGGAUUAUACCGUCACCGAGGCCGAGCUGGGCAAGCCCGCCGGAGCUGAUCUGGAGCUUGGCCUGGCCACCGCUCCUUUGUUGUUUGCCUGGAAGAGCAACCCCGAGCUUGGACCCCUGGUUGGCCGCAAGUUCCGUGAAGAAGGCGAUGUGCAGCGGGCCCGCGAGAUCGUCUACCGCAGCGACGGAGUCGAGCAGACUCGCAAUCUGGCGCAGGAUUACGCCGACAAAGCGGUUGCAGCGAUUAGCGACUUCCCGGACAGCGAGGCCAAGUCUGGUCUGAUUGAGAUGUGCGAGAAGACCAUGAACCGGAGAAAGUAA